AUGAGCACCGCAACCAAAUGGAUUCAUCAUCCGGAAAUACCUCUCGCGCCCGGAAAUGUCGCACAUUUCCGUCUCAUAUAUAAUGAGGAUAGCUUGGUCGACGACUUUUCCCAUCCGAUUGACACAUUACAACUCCUGCAAUUGAUCAUGGCCCGAGACAUCCCUCACGCACUCGCAGACGAUCCAGCGCUGCACCAGUGGCGAGCUCCCCAGCUCCUCCAGCCGCUACACAACAGUAUUCCUCCGGAGCUGCUGCCGAGAUUUGACCCAGUUUUUGUUGAGCACUACAACAAAAACAAUGCAGGACGACUACACACCCACGAAGUGCCUAUCGAAGAUUUCCGAAAGGACCCCGCUCGUUAUACGACCUCAUAUGGCCGCGCAACUGGCCCAGACGUCCAUAGUAUCUCGGAGCAAAAAUGUCCCGUGAAGGGAGGAGAAAUCACUAUUCGAAUCUUUGAGCCAGCGCCCAAGCUGGAUGCACAGGGUCAACCCAAGAAGAGAGCAGCAUAUAUUAAUUUCCAUGGGGGUGGCUGGGUCUUUGGAGGCCUGGGGUAUGACCAUGACUUUUGUAAGAGACUGGUUCAUGAGCUCGACGGCGAUCUGGUCGCCUUUGAUGUGGACUACCGACUGGCACCCGAGCAUCCUUAUCCGGUCCCGGUGGAUGACUGCUGGGCCGCGUUCAACUGGAUCCGGUCCCAAAAAGCCGACGAGUUCAAUCUGGAUGUGAACAGAUUUGCCGUCGGCGGCGUCUCCGCGGGAGGCCAUCUCAGCGCGGUGGUGGCCCAUCUCUGUCGCGACGAGAAGAUCCCCUUGCGACUCCAAGUCUUGACCGUUCCAGCCUGUGAUCUGCAUAGUUCAUUCACCCCCGAGGGCCAAUUUGAUCGCGCAAACACUCCCUAUCCAUCUUACCGGGAGAUGGAAUUUACACCCUUACUACCAGUGGCCCGAAUGGAGUAUUUCCAUCGGCAUUUCCUGGGUGUGCCGCGACCAGCUCGGUUCAAAGAUGUGAGUUGUGAGCGAAUUAAUGUGGAUGAGACCCUUGGAUUCACUUAUACUGAUCUCUUGGUGCCAUGCCAGGACUGGAAAAUUUCGCCCAUGUUUGCGCCCAAUUUCACCAACCUGGCGCCGGCGCUGGUUUCGACGGCGGAAAUGGAUCCGCUGCGUGACGAGGGUGAAGCGUACGCCGACAAGCUAGAAGCCGCUGGCAAUCGCGUCGUGAAGCAUCGGUACCUGGGCGCUCCUCAUACCUUUGCCAGCCUCGAUGGCAUCCUCAAGGCUGGUCGCCAGUACAAUGAGAGGGUUAUUGCAAUGAUGAAGCAAGAAGUGUUGGGAUAG